AGAAUAAGAAUAAGUUUAUACAAAGUGCAGUAAAGCACUUCAUUGGCAGAUGCAUAUGCCAUGGUAUUUUCUUUGUAGCGCAGUAUUCAUAAACAAAAUAGGUAUUUCACAUCGCCGCAAUCACUAAACAAACGCACAGUUCCUUGGCAAACAGCAUUUCCUUCAGUCAUACGUUUAGAGUUAAAAAAAAAAAACCAAAACAAUUGUUUUUCUAGUGCCUUCAAUUGGUUAUUAAUAUAAUGAGUUCCAUUCGCAAGAAACUGGUAAUUGUAGGCGAUGGGGCAUGUGGCAAGACCUGCCUCUUGACUGUCUUCUGCAAAGACAAUUUCCCCUUGGACUAUGUGCCGACAGUAUUCGAAACAUAUGUUGCGGAUGUGGAAGUCGAAGGAUCACAGGUGGAACUGGCGCUGUGGGACACAGCCGGGCAGGAGGAUUACGAUCGCUUGCGUCUGCUAAGCUAUCCCGAUACGGAUGUGAUUGUCAUGUGCUUCUCCAUCGAUCUGCCGGAUUCGCUGGAAAACAUACAGGACAAAUGGAUACCCGAAGUGACGCACUUCUGUCCGAAUGUGCCCAUCAUUUUGGUGGGCAACAAGCGCGACUUGCGCCAUGAUCCCGACACCAUAAAGGCAAGUGCUCCGAUCCAAGCUAACAUUGACAUUGAAGCUACAAAGCAGGCUCGUUCAUUUUCAGGAAUUAUCCAUGCAAAAGCAGCACACCGUCACGGCCGAGGAGGGGCUUACCAUGGCCGAAAUAGUCAAUGCAUUUGCCUAUCUCGAAUGCUCGGCCAAAAUGCAGGAGGGUGUGCGCGAGGUGUUCGAAACUGCGACCAGAGCCUCCUUGCAGGUGCACAAGAAGAAGAAGCGAGCGAGAUGUUUGCAAUUAACGUGCAGACUACUCUAAAAAUAAUAAUAUUAUUAUUAUUAUUCUUGAAACUUUGCUGCUUGCCUUAACUUCCGCCUUCCAUUUAUAUUUUGAUAUUAUCA